AAGUCACCCAGUGUUAUCGAGCCAGUACAGUUCAGCUCGCAGAACAACAUAAAAGAACGCAAACAAUAACAACAUAAAAACACAUAAAAUGCAAAGUGCGCGGGUGAAUCAUCGUUGAGCAACAAUUAAAAUUGAUUAACACAUGAUCGUGCGACGUCAUUAGCAGUGGCAACAACAACUGGGUAACUGGGUACCCCGCGAAAAGUAUGUCGACAGAUGCGAUUCCCGCGUCGGAAUGUGCGCACCUGGUGGAAUUCAAGCGAUUUUUGGCCACUACGGCGGAGAAGGCAGCCGUAAGCGAGGAGGUUCCCAGCCGGAGUUGUGUAACCCGCACGUCCAGCGACACGUACAAGGUGUCCAGCGAGGAGCGCCAUGCUGAAUUGGUCGCAGCCAUUUGGCAGCAGUUGGGCUCUCGCGGCUGUCCGGAGCACUUCCGGCUGAAGCUGCUCCACCGAUCCACGCAACAGCUUGAGCAGGAUCUGUGCUUCGCCAAGGAGUGCGAGGUCACCGUAGAUGGUCCGCCGCAGUACGAUCUCCUUAAGCUGCAGAAGUUCGUGGCCAGUGAGUUAGAGAAGUUCCUCCUAAAACUCACCGACAACUCUGAGAUGGAGCGCCUUAAGGACUACGCUGAUGAGAAAGUGCUCGGAAACAACGAGUGCCACCUGGUUAAGGAGCCCCUGCACGCAUCCGCUGCUGUAAAGAACAAACCCAGGAAAAUGGAGGACCGAUGUGUUUGCUUGGACCGAUUUGGGGAGAUGUACGGAUUGUCGGAUAAAAGCACUCGUUUCUUUGGCGUCUUCGAUGGUCACUCUGGUUCUUUAUCAGCCAGUUAUGUCACCAGCCAACUUCCCCAGAUAUUGGCUGAUCAACUUAAGGCGCAGUCAGAUCCACUAGACUCCUCCCCAGACUUUUAUCGCAAUGCUUUCGAGUCGGCUUUUCUGCUGGCAGACGAGCGUUUUACCCAGAAGAAGAUCACCAGCGGCACAACAAGCGUGUGUGCCUUAAUCACCAAGGAUCAGCUGUAUAUAGCCUGGGUGGGUGAUUCCAUGGCUCUUCUGGUGGGCAAAAGAACCCAAUUGCAGCUAGUGAAACCGCACAAGCCAGAGAAUCCAGAUGAGCGCAAGAGAAUAGAAACAGCCGGCGGCACUGUGCUCCAUGCCCAGGGUCAGUGGCGGGUUAAUGGCAUCCUGAACGUGGCCCGUUCCAUUGGUGACUAUAGUUUGGAGGCAGUGAUCGCGGAGCCGGAUUUCGUCGACGUUCAGUUAAGCGAGGCUCACGACUUUCUUGUACUCGGCACCGAUGGCCUGUGGGAUCAUGUACCAGAGUCCUUUAUCAUCGAAACCGUUUACGAGUCCCUGGCGGAUCCCACAACGAAGCUGGAAGACAUUCCCAAAUUACUGAUAGAGGCUGCAAAGGAGCGAGAUUCGCUGGACAACAUAACAGCGGUGGUGGUCUUGCUCAAACCUCGCCAUCAGAUAAAAAAUCUUUAAAAGUUGGAGUUUGGAGCACUAGAAAUCCAAGCAGCGAAAUUUUUUUAUUGUUACCCGCAUUGGGGUGGGUUAAUUUGUACAAAUUCAAAACAACUUAGUAGCGAAAAGUAAUCUUGAAAUCAUCUCUUUUUACUUGAGACACAUAAAAAUCAUAUCAAGUUUUAUAUAUUCAAAAAAGAAAUGUGCCAAAAAUCUUAAAGUAAUUAACAAAAGCAUUAUUAGUUCGAUAUUGACAAGCAUAUUAUAGAAAUAUACAAAAAAUAUUCAAUUUUCUAAGAUAUAAAUAAACGUUCACAGACGUUUAUCGUGAUACAACGAAUAUUUUGUCUAAGUAAAUGAAAGAUCCCGAAUCCUUGCCCAAUUUAAAA